CUUGUCAAAAUUUGUUGCCGUCGGAAAAAAGCUUGAGGUCGCGGCUUGGUCUUUCGUUGAAUAUUUUCUAAUUUUCCAGGGAAAUCGUACUCAAAUUGUGUUACAAAAUUGCUUUAAGACCGAGGAACGAAAAGCACCAGUUUUCAGAAAAGGUAACAACAAAUAAACAGCAAUGUCCCAGCGUUUUCCAGCGGCUGGGCCUCCUGUUGGUGGCGGAGCUCCGGGAGCACCUCCACCCGGGGCUCAGCGCUAUCCACCGUCACCGGCCGGGCAACCCGUUCAGCCCAAUCAACCUCCGCCUGGAAUGCGUCCCUAUGGACCGGGCAACAACUUUCCGCCCCGAGGAUACACGCCCCCACCUCCGAUUCAGGCAGGUGGCCCCCCACCCCAGAAUCAACCGCCUCCACCGAUGCACCCGAGGCCUCCGAUGCAACCGGGUGGCUUUCAGGGUGGUAACAUGCGAGGCUCACCGAUGCCAGCCGGUGGUUCCGGAGGAAGCAAACGUCCGGCCGAUAACCGAAACCCGAUCGCUCAGCAGCCGCCUAAAAGUGACUUUCCGGCGAAGAAAAAGAAGAAACUGGCCGACAAGAUUCUGCCCCAAAAGGUGCGUGAUCUGGUUCCGGAAUCUCAGGCCUACAUGGACCUAUUGGCCUUUGAGCGUAAACUAGACGCUACUAUCAUGCGUAAACGGUUGGAUAUUCAGGAAGCUCUUAAACGCCCGAUGAAACAAAAGCGCAAGCUACGGAUCUUCAUAUCCAACACGUUCUACCCAAGCAAGGAAAAUGAAGGCGCUGAUCAGGGUGGCGAAAGUUCGGUUGCUUCCUGGGAGCUUCGCGUUGAAGGUCGCCUACUAGAGGACAACAAAAGCGACCCCAAUAAAAUCAAGCGCAAGUUCUCCAGCUUCUUUAAGUCAUUGGUUAUCGAGUUGGACAAAGAAUUGUACGGUCCGGACAAUCAUCUGGUCGAAUGGCAUCGUACUCAUUCCACUCAGGAAACCGAUGGUUUCCAAGUUAAGCGUCCUGGCGAUCGCAAUGUUCGCUGUACGAUUCUUCUCCUUCUAGACUAUCAGCCACUGCAGUUCAAGCUCGAUCCUCGCUUGGCUCGUUUACUGGGAGUUCACACCCAAACCAGACCGGUCAUCAUUUCCGCCUUGUGGCAAUACAUCAAGACGCAUAAGCUGCAGGAUUCCCUUGAACGUGAAUACAUUGCGUGCGAUAAAUAUCUGGAGCAAAUUUUUGGCUGCCAACGCAUGAAAUUUGCCGAAAUCCCACAGCGUCUGAACCCACUGCUUCAUCCCCCAGAUCCGAUCGUUAUCAACCACGUGAUCACCGUCGAGGGCGGAAUGGAAAACAAACAAACUGCAUGCUACGACAUUGACGUCGAGGUGGACGACACCCUCAAAAACCAGAUGAACAACUUCCUGCUGAGCACCGCCUCACAGCAGGAAAUCCAAACAUUGGACAGCAAAAUUCACGACACGGUUGAAACCAUCAACCAGCUCAAAACGAAUCGGGAGUUCUUCCUUAGCUUUGCCAAGGACCCGCAAACGUUCAUCCACAAGUGGAUCGUUUCGCAGACCCGGGAUCUCAAGACGAUGACCGAUGUCGUUGGUAACCCGGAGGAGGAACGUCGGGCCGAGUUCUACUAUCAACCGUGGACCCAAGAAGCCGUUUCGCGCUAUUUCUUCACCAAGGUCAACCAGAAGCGGGCCGAGCUGGAACAGGCACUCGGUAUUCGCAAUGCCUAAUGUUUCGAUUUUGCUUCAACUGACGACGUUUCUUUCCCUAGAAGGUAAGCUUUCGUAUUAUUUUAUAUUUUCUGACUUCGGAUCCGGGGGAAGGGGCCACACGGGUGUGCACCGGUUCGACACUAUUUGAGACCUUUUUAUUCGAGAAUGGAAUAAACUAUCUAAAAUUUAGUAAUAUUAUUGUGCUAUCCAGAUCUGUGUAUCUUUCUGAUCAGAUGAUUCUUCAAAUAAAACAUACUCUAGUAAUCUA